GAUGCCGUCUAGAAUUACAUCUAGAGUUUGUAUAAUAGACAUCUGUUCACCAAAGCAUCGAAUUUAUCUCUUUUUGGAAAGAAUUGCUCUUGUGGUUUACAUCUAUGCGUCUUUGAAGAGCAAUGGAAGUUGAUCCAGAACUUUCGAUUGGGAGACAGGCUUCCAGAGUCUCCCGGGUAGACCAACAUGACGAACAGGAAUUGGCAGAGUUUGGAUACAAACAGGAAUUGAGGAGAGACUGGGGUCUUAUGCACAAUUUUGGAAUUUCUUUCAGUAUCAUUUCCGUCAUCACAGGGAUAACGACACUAUUUUCUUAUGGCUUGAUCACUGGUGGACCCGGAGGUAUGCGUUCCUUAUAUUCUUACUCUCUUUGGCAGAUUCUUUGUCUAACACAAUUAGUUAUGUCUGUUGGGUGGAUAAUUGUAUCCGUAUUUACUUUCAUGAUUGCCUUGAGCAUGGCAGAAAUUGUCUCUGCUAUACCUACAGCUGGUGGACCAUAUUAUUGGGCCGCCCUUCUUGCGCCGAGGAAUCAUUCGGCUUUUGCGAGUUGGAUUACUGGUUGGUUCAACUUCCUCGGUCAAGUUGCCGUCACUACAGGAAUUAGUUUCGGCCUCGCAGGUCUCAUCUCAACAACUGCAACCAUUAAAUCAUCAUAUGUUCCAAGCGCCCCAAGAACAAUUGGUAUCUAUGCAGCUGUCCUCAUUUCCCAUGGUAUCGUCAAUACUUUUGGUGUUCACGUGUUGAGAUAUCUAAACAACACAUCUAUCGCACUCCACUCAUUGGGCGUAACUGCAAUAGCUAUUGCUGUUCUGGCAAAAGCCCCUACACAUCAAAGCGCGAAGUUCGUUUUCGCAAAGUUCUACGACGGAACAGGUGUAGAUCCAAGUCCUGGAUGGAGUGUUAGAGCAUCGCCAGCAUAUGUGGCUUGUUGUGGUGUUCUCAUGGCUCAAUACACGCUCACCGGUUUUGAUGCAUCAGCUCACUUGUCUGAAGAAACCCGAAAUGCGUCUUGGAGUGCACCCAUCGGUGUUAUUUCUUCUGUUGGGUUCUCUGCCCUUUUCGGGUUCUUCGUUAUAUUGAGCUUCUUGUUCAGUAUUCAAGACUUUGAUAACACAAUCGCAAGUGAUUAUGGUCAACCGGUUAUUCAAAUCUUUGUUGAUAUAUUUGGAACAGAUGGAGCGGUUGUGUUGAUGUGUCUGAUUAUGAUUUGUGUCUGGCAUUGUGGGCUAUUUUCGAUGACUUCGAACUCAAGAAUGAUGUUUGCGUUUGCUAGAGACGGUGGAAUUCCGGAAUUUUUUCACAGAGUCGAUGAUCGUUUUCAAUCUCCUAUUCGAACAGUUUGGCUUGCAGCAACUCUUGCUUUCUGUCUAGCACUCCCAUCUCUUGGCUCCAGUGUAGCUUUUGCUGCCGCGACUAGUAUAGCAACCAUUGGUCUGUAUAUAUCAUACGGUACCCCUAUUCUCAUCGGUCUCAUCUAUUCAAAGGAGUUCAAUGCUAGGAAGGGUCCAUUCAACCUAGGAAUCUUCUCAAAACCAGUCGCUUUCAUAUCUGUGACCUGGAUAGGAUUUAUUACAGUGAUAUUUUGUCUCCCUACUACCAAUCCGGUAACUAGUCAAACUGUAAACUACACCGUGGUAGCUGUGGGGAUCAUUGCCAUUGGGGCCUGCGGAGCGUGGGUUUUUUGGGCUAGGAAAUGGUUCGUGGGACCCAUGGUCGAGAUUGAGGCUGCUGCACGCUUGGGUAUAAAUCCCGAGGAACCUGGUGCUUUGGAGAGAGCGGAAAUCGAUGGUAAGAUUGAUUUGCAUAGCGGCGUGAAGAGCUCAGAUUAGAAGCUUGAAUGGGGGCGAAUGAAAAUUCGCGGCCACAAGAACGAUAGAUGGAUCUCGAUAGGACGAAUAGCACGGGGUGCAAAACUUAGUAAUAUAUGGAUGGAUAUUUAUGAGUAAAACUCAUUUCAACAAGCUGCAAUGGAGCCUCGAGUAGAUGCCAGACGUAAGCCAAAGAAGAUGCAACUAGACAGAAAACUCGGGUGUAAUAUACUGCAUGUACGAUGUGCGGUACAUCCGAAUUCCUGCAGUAAUGACACAGGUAUCUCGGAAAUGUUUCGGAAAAUAGUCGUUUCAAUCCGGAUCAAUAAGGAGGGAUGGUGAGAAGACGGACAGAUGAAGCCUAUAUGUCUUUGCAGACUGAUCUCAUCAUACCUUAGAUCCGAGAUCAAAACAAAUCAGAGGUGUAAAUAGAUAAUAUGUCUGAUUCUUAUUUAACA